AUGCCUGCCGAGCGAAACACAAGGUCGAGGACUAACAAUGCGAAUCAACCUAAUUCGCGUCGCCCUCUUGCUUCUGCUGGCAAUCCAAAUACUCCGACGACUGGGCCCCAGAGAGCGCCUACUCCUUACCCUCCUCACAUCCAAGCACUAGAGGAGCGCUUCAAUGCUGGGAUAAUAGAGGCACCGACUCCAGUUCGGCCUAUCCCAGUCAAUCGGGACCAGCAUGACUCUGAUGACUCCUCAAUGGAGUUUCUUAGCGAAGGAGGUUUCCGCUAUCCCUUUCCCCUCGUUCCUAACGUCACCCAUCGUCCUUUUCUUAUCCCAGGAUCUUCAGAUUCUUCCCACGACGACGCUUUCUUAGAUGAAGGUGGUUUCCGUUACCCAUUCCCUCCCUUCCUGCCAAAUGUCACUUGUCGACCUUUCCUUAUCCCAGGACCACCUGACUCAUCUAGCAGUGACGCUGUAGUCCUGCACCAAUUCCCUGGUCCCCUGGAAAUUCCCCCGGCAUCAGAAGCUACCACCGGAUCCUACCAUGUCACCCCUGCACAGGUUUUUCCAUCCUUGUUGCCUAUGAAUACCUUGUCGUCCCCUAAUCCUGACAGUCCCCUUGCUGUGUCAACCGACUCACCAAGUAUGCCGCCUCUCACCUCGGAUGUCUCGGACAAUGGUAGCCUUGUCCACGCUCCUAAUCUAUGGUUACUAGCUGAUGCCAGUGAAUAUAUCACGGCCACAGAAGGGUAUAGCAGCGAUCCUCAGGAAUUUGUAGUCUACAGCGACAACUUUAUCCAAAGACCCUCCAUCGAUGUCACACAAUACUGGCGAUCCCUUCCCUUCGACACCUCUGUCCCUGUCCAGGAUGUCGAUCCCUUAGAUCGUGUACUACCCUACUUCCCUGGAGCUUACGCUACCACCGUCGCCCGACCUCCUAUGGGUGUUCCCAUCGAUGGAAAUCCAGCCUUUGGACUGCGACGAGUAUCAACAACUGCAACUGAUGUACUCCGAGUUGCUGAACCUGUAGGAAAUUGGAACCAAUUGUGCAAAGAAUGGGAGGAGGAUACUUGGGAGUACUUGCUGAUGCAAGAUGACAAUUUGUUGGAAAGUCUCUGGGCCUCGUUGUAG